UGUUUUUGCCGAAACGCAUCGGAAUCUUCCCGAGUUGAUUCCGAACACAUGCCCGCGCGGGUCGAGCCAUGGCGCGCCAUAUAACAAGAUCGCACACAGUGUCGGAGCUCCUAGGCGCCCAUGCCGCCUUUACAGAUCCCAUCUCUUUCACGGAGCGACAGCUCCCCGUUUCCCUCUCCCCAACGCCACCACCUCCUACUGCCAUACUCCUCGCCUACUCCCUUGGCAGCCUCUUCUUGAUUCUCGCCGCCUUGAACAUCCUCUGCACAUCCGUCACACGAGAUGUACGCACCACACGAUAUUACCUGAUGAUACUGGCGUGCGGGGAUAUGGGUCACAUGUGGGCGAACUACAUAGGCAUGGGCAGCGAGGUGUUUUGGAAUUUCGAUAGCUAUAACGAGGUUAUGAUGGGGAAUGUGGCAAUUACAGUCGUGCUUUGGACAAUGAGAGUUUUGACGCUGAGUGGAGCGUUUGGGCGGAUAGGCAGGUAGCUGAAGGGGACCAGGGUAGGUUGAGCGAAACUAUAUUGUGGAAGGUCUAUAUAAGUUAUGAAUCCAGAUUAAGUCAUGAAGAAGCUGUAACAGAUUCAACUAUGAAAAUCAAGUACUUGUAAAGAAACCAGACGCCUGUUGUUCUUCAAUUCCAGAGAUUAAUGAAAGAAGAUACACUUUUA